GUGCACAAACCCGCCGGGUACUAUAAGAUAUGAAAGUAUUGAAACAAUGGACUAAAACCCUAUCUCGCUAACUCUGAAGUGAAGGGAUUUCUAUGACCUCCGGGCCUAGAAGCGAGUCUUCGGCACCCAGAUUUGGACCCCUAAAUGCCAUUCUCCGCCAAAAGGGAUUACUUGCUGGUCAUCAGGAGGAAAACAAGGACAGUGGGAAAAUGUGGCCUCUCCCAUCUUAGCCUAGAUGAAUCUUACUGCCAUGAAACGUGGGCCGUGACAUUGUUGUGUCUCCAGCAUCACCUGUGAGUAUUGUUCCCCCAAAUCUUUAACUUCAACAUACGAAAGCAGGAACUACAGGAUUGAAGGGGGAAAAAAAAUGACACCAAGAGGAAAUAUCUAAAGCAAACGAUCGGACAUACUGCAGAGCAAAGAGCUUAGUCUCUUACAUUAAGCUGGUGUCAUUUAAUGAAAUCAAGUCCUACGCUGCUGGUCCAGAACCAUGGUGCCCUCGCUGUGGAAGGGACUGGUGGGCGUCGGCCUCUUCGCUCUAGCCCACGCAGCCUUCUCUGCUGCGCAGCAUCGUUCUUACAUGCGGUUGACAGAAAAGGAAGACGAUUCCCUGCCGAUAGAUAUAGUUCUUCAGAUACUUCUGGCUUUUGCAAUUACCUGUUACGGCAUAGUUCAUAUUGCAGGGGAGUUUAAAGACAUGGAUGCUACUUCAGAACUAAAAAAUAAGACAUUCGACACUUUAAGGAAUCACCCAUCGUUUUACGUCUUCAAUCAUCGUGGUAGAGUCCUGUUCCAGCCUUCGGAUACAGCAAAUUCUUCGAACCAAGAUGCAUUGUCUUCUAACACCUCCUUGAAGUUACGAAAACUUGAAUCACUGCAUCGUUGAGAUUUUUACAAAUCAUAACAACAGGACAGGACACGGAGCUGGAAUAUUGGCGUUUGGGGUAUAUAAAACACCACCCCCCACCGAUAUGUAUCUUGAUCUUUCAGACCUAAUUUUUUAAAAGUUUAUGCCCCUGUUUUUAUACUGUUAAAUCAUUGAUGCAGUAUAAAAUAUCUGUGAAAUGAGUCUUUGAUCUUUCAUAGAGUUCUUUCUUUUUUUCAUUUAAAACAAAUUGGCAUCUUUUGUAAAAGUCACUGUUUUGAACAUUUCUUCGAGAGAAAAGAAAAGUUGAUGUUUUUGUAAUUGUUUUCUCAGAUUUCUUUUCCUUUGCACUACAGUUUUUAGGACCCUUUUGGAAACAGUGUGACUGCUGCAUUUUGCUGCAUGAACGAUAAUAAAACGGUCUUCAGUUCUUAACAAGUGGACUUCUCUGCAGAGAUUUAAAAAGGUGACAUCAGUUUUUCGUAGGCCCUCUAAAAAGGGGCUCUGCUUCAGGAGUUACUUGCCAGAUUUUAAUUUAUCCCUCACUUCUCACCCCACCCGACUCCCAUAUACCUUCUAACAUCAGCUAUCUCGUGGCAUCACUUCUCUGGAGUUCUGUGUGUAGUGAGCAAUUUUUGUAUCAGAAAUUCUUUGUCAUAACAAAUAUACUUAACAGAUUCAACUUGCUGUAAAGCUACUUGUAUUCUCUUUGUUUAUCUGUAAAAAAUUUCCCUAAUUGGUUAUGUGGUGUAAGAAUGUUGAAGAUACACCAAAAGACCCUUUGGGAUUUAAUUAUUCUGCUUAUGUAGAAGAAGAAUCACUGAGGAAAACUGAUUAUUUGUCAUUAGCCAGUUUAAUUUAUUCAAAUUCUGUUAUUUUAUUGCAUACUAUACUAGUGAAUUAGUAAAAAUAAACUCAUUAAAGGAAUUGGGCCAAAAAUGUUCUAAAUACUUGGAACUAC